AUGGCGGACAACAGCAAGCACAAGGGCAAGAAGCCCAUCGCUGUCAUGAACAAAUACGUCUACGAUGCGUUUUUAUGGACAUUUUCGAUAUUGGUGGAGCUCUUCUUCCGGGAGGUACAUCCCAGGAGUAGUUGGAAGGUGCCAAAGGAGGGGCCCGUCAUUUUCGUGUGCGCGCCACAUGCCAACCAGUUUGUGGACCCGCUCAUGUUGAUGCGCGUCGUAAAGAAAGAAGCCGACCGCCGAAUCCAGUUCCUGAUAGCCGACAAAUCGAUGAAGCGCAGGUUUAUAGGCACCAUGGCGGGUUUGACCGGUGUUGUGCCUGUGGGCAGAGCAAUGGACAUGACGAAAACGGCACAGGGCAAGAUUUACCUACCGGACCCGAUCAACGAUCCGACGCUACUUCGCGGUGUGGGCACCAACUUUGAGGACAAGGAGUUUCAGGUUGGCGGCUCAAUUGUGCUGCCAAAGGUGGACAACAAAGCGGCUAGUGCAGAGAUAUUGGAGAUCAAGGGCCCGGAAGAGAUCAGGCUGAAGCGCGGAUUCAAGGGCGGUGUUGCAAUGCAGCAGCUUACCGGGCGGAGCGAUAUGACUAAAGAUGGCACAUUCGUCAACGGCGCUGAAAACAAGAAGGGCGUAGAGGAGGGCUUUGAAGGUUCAGCUUUCAAAGUUGCGCCCAAGCUCGACCAGACGGAAGUUUACGACGCCGUACAUGCAGUGCUUCACAACGGUGGCAGCAUUGGUAUCUUCCCCGAGGGAGGUAGCCAUGACCGUACUGAUCUGUUGCCUCUGAAAGCUGGUGUCGCGAUUAUGGCGCUCGGCACCGUAGCAUCGAAACCUGACUGCAACCUCAAGAUCAUCCCGGUUGGCAUGAACUACUUCCACGCUCACAAGUUCCGUUCAAGGGCGGUCAUUGAGUUUGGCACAGCGAUUGAUGUACCCGCGGAGCUUGCUAAGAAGUUUGAAGGACCAGGGAGACGAGAUGCUAUUGGCGAGAUGCUCGAGACCGUCCGUCAAGGAUUGAUCUCGGUCACAGUUACCACGCCUGAUUACGAUACGCUUAUGGUCAUCCAAGCUGUGCGCCGUCUCUACAACUCCAAGGGCACGAAACUGCCCCUACCCAGGAUCGUGGAGCUUAAUCGUCGUCUCGUCCAAGGCUACGAACGUUACAAGUCCGAUCCGCGCAUCAUUGAGCUCAAGAAGGAAGUCACCAUCUACAACCGCAAGCUUAGAGCGCUUGGACUGCGAGACCAUCAGGUACAGGUCGCGAAGAUGCACCCGAUUGUGGCUUUUGGAAUCUUCUGCUUUAGACUGGCGAAGCUUGUCUUCCUGAGCGCACUUGUCAUCCCGGGCACGCUACUCUUCAGUCUCGUCUUCAUCUCCACAAAGCUCAUCUCCAUCGCAAAGGCCAAGGAAGCUCUCGCAGCCUCCAACGUCAAGGUCCAAGCCAGGGAUGUCAUGGCAACAUGGAAGCUCCUCGUCGCAAUGGUCGCGGCCCCCGUCGCCUACACAUGGUACUGCAUUAUCGGCGUUUACUGGUACCGCUACAACAACUGCAACGGCUACCUCCCCGAAGGCAUCCACAAGCGCUACCUCAUCAUCGCGCAGCUCAUCUUCUACGUCAGCGUCACCUACGGCGCGCUGCGCUUCGGCGAAGUCGCCAUGGACAUUCUCAAAUCCCUCGGCCCCCUCUGGAAAGCCAUGAACCCCUUCAGCAACAGCGAACUCGCCAAACUCCAGGACCGCCGCGAACACCUCGCCAAGCGCGUCAACGAAAUCAUCAACGAACUCGGCCCAGAAAUGUACGAGGACUUCUACAGCAAGCGCAUCAUCGAAGACCCCUUCAACGCCGACACUCCCACGACUCCCCCGCCAAUAAAGACCGACGCAGACGCCCGCGCCGAAGGCCCUCAAUCCGUCGAAACAUACGACUUCCCCGCCUCGCCCACGUCGCCCGCGGCCUCGCUCCCGCGCAACGAGUCCUUCGGCGACCUCGCCAACCAGGACAUUUUCUCGUCGCGCCCGCACACGCCCAAGAAGAGCCGCAGCCGCAACGCGUCGAGCGCGAAUCUGGGCGGCUUCAUGCUCAAGCCGUUUAGCACGAUUGACGGGAAUAUCGAGGAGGUCAAGAAGAGGCUCAAGGACGGGGUCAAGCAGCGCAUGGGCAAGCGGAGGAGUAGCGGCGCUGUGGAGGGGUAUGAGAGUGAGGAGGAGGAGGAAUUGGUUAUGGGCAGGAAGAGGGGGACGUGGUAG